CCUCUGCACAUAGUAAGCGCUUAACAAAUACCAACAUUAUGAUUCCUGAGGGGCAGGCAGGCCAGAGUUGGCUUGUCCAGAGCCCGAAGGCUGCCGGGAAGUCGUGUGAACCCCUGGACCCCAGCUUCGGACCACUUGGCUUCCCGGCCGCCGCCGCCCCCUUUCUCAGCAAGCCCUGCCCGGCGGCCACCCACCGGCUCCUCCUCUCCCCCCUCCCCCGCCUCCUGUGCCCUCCGCCCCCUUUCCCUCCCCGCUAUCUGCCGCCGGGGACCUUUGAGACCUGGGUUGACAUCAUCCCUGCGCCAGGCCGAGCUGGCCGCCCUCCUGUCCCUGCCCCUCUCCUGCCCCUGCUCCUGCCCCUGCCCCUCUCAGCCAUGUUCUUUCUCCCCUCCCUCACCUCCUGGCUCCCCGGCUUCCCCUCCCUGCAAUGGGGCUCCGACCUGCUCGACUCCCUCCUGCAAGGCCUCAUCGGGGCCUGCGGCGUCUCCGUGCUCUGCAGUUUCAUGAAGAUUUACUUCUUCAUCCGCUGCCUGCAAGACCCUGAGUGGCAAGUGGAGAAAGAGCGUCUGCGGUCCCAGUGGGCCCUGCUGGAGCAGCUGCACCUGUUGGUGUUGACGGGCAUUUUCUCGGUGGUGGGGGCCCGGGUGGCCGCCCUUGUGUCCCUGGAAUUCUCACUGCGGGCCGUCUCCACGCUGCUGUCGAUGAGCAAGGGCCCGCCGAAUCCCCAGCUGCACCUGCUGUGCCAGUACUCCCUGGGCUGCACCCUGACCUGCAGCCUGAGCUUCCUUCUGGAGGGGGCACCGCACCGCACCUGGAACCUCCUCCUGAGCCUGGGGCUGGCGGGGCUGCUGGCCCGCCUUGCCCGUCGCCUCGGCCGCCACGUCCUCUGCCUCUACGAGCUGCACAGCCAGCAGCACUACUGCGGGGCCUGCCUGUCCCUGCUGGCCACCUGGCACUCCCUCCCCACCCUGCUCGGCCAGGGGCUCAAGACUGCCUUCCUGGUGGGGGACCUGGCAGCCGUGGCACUCAUCAACCGCGACUUCCUCAACACUUCGGAGGCCGUGCGCUUCUGGACCCCGCUCACCAUCUGCUAUACGCUGCUGGUCAUCUAUAUGCAAGAGGAGCAGCGUCAGCACCCCAGUCAACAGAACCGGUACCAGACGGUAUUUGUGCGCAUGGGCGGCCUCUUUAUCCUCCUGCUGACCGUGGGCCGCUGGGCAGACAUCUUUGGCGUCCUAAUUUCCUUCAUCGGGGAGUUGUGGUGUCUGACGGGCUCCAAGGCCAUGCUGGACAUCUGCCAGAUGCAGGUGGAUUCUGACCAAGCUCAGGCCUCAGAGAGGCCUUCAGCUGCAGGUCCCAGCAGCACCACGCGGCCAAACAGCACCAGACAAAGGGGCCGGUCCGAGACUGGGAAGAAGGAGGGUCAGGCCCUGAGGCUGAGGAAAUCGCCGCAGCCUGGUGACUAACCCGGACCAGAUUCUCGGUCUGGGGCCAAGUGCUGACCCAGGGAGGCUCCGGUGGGGGCUGUGACUGCCCACCCUGGCUACAGCCUUCAGGACGCAAGGCUUUGGAAACGGGAAGAAGCCUGGAUGACUGCUGACUUGGAAGAACUUUGAUGACUUCAGGCUCUGGCCCACCCCCACCAGCUCCGAUAAGGUUUAAGGUCUUGGCUGGGAUGUGAUAUCUGGGCCCUCUGCCCUGCCCUCCCCUGCCCUCCAUCAUCUCUCCCUUCCCCCCCAACCCUCCCAAGGCCUGGGUGUUCCCUCCUUCUACUGUUUCCCGCCAGGCCUAUGGGGACUGUCCCCCUGGACAGAUCUGCACGUUUUUAUCAGUGCGGGAAGCUGGACUGGAGGUAGGAAAACUUAACUCCUUACUGGCCUGUUUCCACCCAGUUCCUAGAAACCAAGCUGUUGGGCCCAGUAGUCCCAGCUCCCCCUCCCUCAAGGGCUAGGGCCUAAACUGAGGGGAUUCCUGUUGGGUCUGAGGUGGGCAGGGAUGGAGAGGGCAAAGGGGGCUACCUGGCAGCUGGGGAGAGGAGGUUACCCGGAAGCAGCCACUGGCUCAACUUGGGGACUCCCAGCUUGCAAGCGCAGUGAAGGCGAGGGUCCAUCUGGACUUCACUAUUCCCCAUCUCCUUUUCCUCCUCCCUCUGUUUUCCCCCACCCUGGUCCCUUCUCCAAUUCUUGGACUCUCUGCCAGUUCCAUGUUGGACCUGUGAGCAAUAAAGACUCUGACUUUCUGAUA